CUCUUCUCUCUUAUCUUAAUGAACGCGAGCACGUAGACUGGUCGUACUAUGAGUUUUUGAUACUUAACCGUGAUGUCAUUAUAUCUUCACCAUUAAAUAUAGAAGAUUGGAAUGGCCUAGAUGGUACAUGGACUCGUAGAUUUCUAAAAAACGCAGAAACGAUGCUUGAAUCAAAGGACUUUGAAAUUUUAAAGGUCAAGGUAGAUUCUGAACGUUCAAAACAUGGAAUCAAGACCUAUUGGGAAAAUGUUAUCCAUGAACAGAAAAAAUUGAACGUGAAACGCACCCAUAUUCUUGGAAAAGGAUUUUCAAAUUCUUUUCCUGUUAAUACGACACCUGUAUCCAAACAUGCACUUGAUGGUUCUAACUCAACCUCUUCUCAGAGGAACAAGAAGACCAAAGCUGGUGAAAACGAAGAAGAAUCAGUUGAAGAAACUGUUAUUCAAGAAGAUAUUUUGCAUUCAAUUGCCGAAACCACUAAUACAUUCGGAAAUGUUGAAUUCCCUGAAUAUUAUAAUAAGCUCAAGAAAAUAUGGAGAACCCGUGAAACAGGUUCAAAUUACUAUGUAAUCGAUAUGAAAAAUCGAGAAAUAUUAAAUGAAGUACAUAAUCUUUUGGAUGCGGAAGAAUUGAAAUUACUAUAUGAUAGACUUUCUCCGCAAAGUGAGGACAAAUAUUUAAGUAAAAAGGCGCUUCAAUAUUUAUCAUUAUUUGAUCAGAAUAGUGAAGGUUAUUCAGAUAAUGAAGAGAUCGAAGAUGAAAUUAUUUUGGAGGUGAAAAAAGAAGUCUGCAAUUUGGACGGGCUAAUAGCAAAAUUUCAAUAUCUAUCCCAUGCUCUUCCUAUCCCACUAAAACAAUAUAAUGAAUUAUUAUAUCCAGAAAUUCAUAUCAUUAAAAGUAUAGCAGGCCAUCUAAGCGCAAUUACGAAGAUGGAAGGAAUUACUGAUAACACUACGGAAAGAUCAUGGACGGCACAUGUACUGUCGUACAUGUUUUUUAUAGCUUUUAGUUAUAUUUCUUCCGUAAAAUUUUUUUCAUGCGAACGUACAAUUUCCACAAAAAAUGAUUCACAAAAUAUCGACUAUAAAGCCGAUGGGGUUGCUGAACUGUUCAAAAGGCCUAAACAAAUUCCCAUGUUCAUACUCGAAGUUUCAGGUGACCCAGGUAAUCCAGACCCGGAUAAAUACAAUGAUGAUCGGAAAAAAUUGUUUAGAGAAGGAAUUUUUGCACUCAAUAAAUUUAUAACCCGGACAGAUCUUCCGAAUUGGGAGGUUUGUACCUCUUUGGGUGUUUUUUUGUCUCAAGGUUAUGAAGAUAAUCUUGAAAUCGGACAGCUCAUUUAUAUUGGUCCGGGACUCUAUAUAUAUUCGCCUUUUACGAUCCCUAACCUUAUCAUUCCAACUACUCCCUUUAAUUUGCAACAUGCUCCAAGACUUAUUCGUACUCUUCUAUAUUUACGGCAUAAAAUAAUUAAAACAAUUCGAAGUUUCCAAGAGUUUGAAGAAAUAAGACAACGAAGUAUUACAAACCCAACAUAUAGAUACCCUACUGGUUUUACACCAGAUCGAUUCCGAACUGUGACAUUUAAAGAUUUUUUACCAGAAGAAUCAAGAAAAGAGGCAUCUAAUAGGGUGGAUGAACAAGAGAAUGG